CGUGGUCACGUGAGUGAGUACGAAUGUUGUACUGAGCUAAAAGUAGGCUUACCGCGCUCUUCCCAAAGCGAACUCGUAGCUUUUGACAAAAAAGCCUUCCACGGAGGUAACAGCAGGUUGGGAAGCGCGUGUCUUUGAAGAGAAAGCGAAUAUGGAGGAACCAGAAGACGAACAAGACUACGAGAGUGUGGUCUACCAAUGUGGGGCGUGCGAUGAACAGUUUGCCACUCUCGAAGAAAUCGAGAGGCAUCACAGCGGAGAAGGGGGAAGCAUUUGCCCCUACAUGGUAGCAGCCGCAAUUCAACCGGCCAUUGAUGAUACAAAGUCAGAAAUAGUUGUGAUUUCUGAAGAAGUUGCAUUUUCCGAAGACGUCGACGAUCCAGAACCUUUGGUCAUACAGGCAUCUGGCAAUGCUUGCAAUUUGUGCGGCAAAACGUUCACUUCUCCCUUGCUCUUAGAAGCUCACCUGCAGUCCCACAAGGAAGUAGAACCGAAAAUCUACAACUGUGAGCUCUGCAAGCAGCGGUUCUGCGAUACAAGCGAGUACAUGCAACACCUCGUGUCGAAGCACGCGAAGAAGGAUCAUUGCUGCAUGAUUUGCAACAAGUGGUACACGUCCCGGAGCAACUUGAAGACGCAUAUGAUGAUCCAUGCGGGAAACAAACCUCACGAGUGUGACAUUUGCGGGCGGCAGUUUACGGUGUCCAGCAACUUAAAAGCGCACAGGCGAAUUCACACGGGGGAACGCAAGUACGUCUGCAGUGUUUGCGGCAAGGGGUUCAUCACGUCGACUCACCUCAAAACCCACAUGUCCGUUCACACGGGACAUAAGCCUUACCAGUGCGAAAUCUGCUUUAGAGAAUUUGCGGUGAACAGCAACAUGAAGGCGCACAUGCUGACACAUACGGGAGAGAAAAGGCACGAAUGCAAAGUAUGCGGAAAACAGUUUGCGACAUCGAGCCACGUGAAGACACACCUGUUAUCUCACACCGGUCAGAAAGAUCACAAGUGUCCCACGUGCGGGAAAUGUUUCACCGUUGCUUCCAACCUGAGGGCACACAUGAAGAUUCACCUGGGGCAGCGCGACCAUGCGUGUGACGUUUGCGAAAAACGCUUCUAUACAAACAGUGACCUACGAUCUCAUCGCAUGAUUCAUACCGGCGAGAGGCCUUACCAGUGCGAGGUCUGCUCCGAGCGCUUUACAAAGAUGUCCAACUUGAACUCGCACCGAGCGACGCACACCGGAGAGCGACCGCAUCAGUGUGAGAUAUGCCAGAAGCGCUUCCGGAAGAUGGUGAAUCUUCGAACGCACCUCAAGUCGCACGAGCAGGAUCGCGCCCAUCCGUGCGCCCUCUGUGAGGAAGCAUUUCCUAAUAUAACGCGUUUACGAGCUCAUACCAAGGAAUGUCACAGGGAGAGUCACGUGUGCGAAGAUUGCGGCAAGAAGUUUCAGACCCUCGUUGCGCUGACUUCCCACCAGAAGGUGCACACGGACGCCUUCCCGUUCGAGUGCAACGUCUGCCAGAGGGCGUUUUCGAAGCUGGUCCACCUGACAAAGCACUACGAGGGCCACGUCACAAAGAAGAAUCAAUGCCCCGUCUGUGAACUUCAGUGCGGUUCGGGACACCAGCUCACCAUACACAUGAGGACCCACACGGGUGAACGCCCGUAUUCCUGUAACAUGUGUUCGAGCAAAUUCACGAAGUUGGUGAAUUUGAAACGGCAUCAUCAGGUGCAUACCAAAGUGAAGUUUGAAUGUCAGGUGUGUCUAAGAUGCUUCAUCUCCGACACGUCGUUGCAAGGACAUUACCUUAACGCACACCCUGGAUAUGUGCCAGACACAGCAACGAAUGAGAUUCACAUAGUCGUUAAACAGGAGCCAAUGGACGUGUCAGGAGAGGAAGAAGACGAAACAGAUGGUGCAGACCAGGAAUACAUAGCCCUAAUCCACGAUGGUUCCGUGAUUGUUGAGGAAAGUUCACAGGGCCCUUCUUCGGGGGUCCAAGAGAGAACGGAGAUUGAUCAGCAGGAAAGGAGCUAGCGGACUGGUGCUGCGUGUGGCAAUCAGUGUACUCCAAAGCUCAACAUUACUUGCUAGUAUAUGUAGGCUUACAAAGAAUAAAUUUAAUAAUGUCAGGCAAACACAUUA